AAUCGUAUAAAAGCCAACGGUAUUCUUUUUGGAAUCAUCAGUUUUUUGGAACAUAUUAUAAGUAUAAUAUUGGCUGGCGUUCAUCAAAAUAAUGUCUGCAAAAGCUUGUUUCUUCAUUGCGGCCCUAGCAGUAACUGCGUUUACUUUAGCGUCAUCGUGCCCGGCUACUUGUAAAUGUGAAGUACCACCGGCGGUCUACACACCAGACAACGUCGAUAUUUUCAUCUUCUUCGAGACUUUCGAUAAAGUGCAAAUCCUUGAAUUUUUCCGGUAUAGGGGAAUGACCGAAAUCGUAUCACUGUACGAGGCGUACAUGAACAACGGCGACGAACUGUCUAAAGAUAAGUACUUGAGUGCUCUAUACGGGUUCUACGGACAGAACCCAGGUCAAGUUGUGACGGACUGCAAUGGCAUUCAAGACUUUAUCAACAGACACCAGAGGGAUCUCUAUGGCGACGAUACUGUCCAAUUCGAUAUCGUAUACACCUCUUUGGGCGACGACGUUUUCUACUUGUUUGAAAAGUGCGAUUCAUAUGAAUUAGUCGUCGAAUUCUUCCGGCAAAAUGACAUGCUGUCUUUGUUGGACCUGUACAUAGCAUGGAAAAAAAACGACGGGCUCGACAAGACAUUGGAGAUCAAUUAUAGAGCAGCCUUGUACAAAUUUUACAGGAACAACACACGACUGACGGACACGGUUUGUGACGAUUUCACCGCAUUUGUCAAAUCUCGGUCGUCGUCGUCGUCGUCUUCUUUGUUGAGUGUCGAUUCUUCUUUGAUUGAAAUCGACUUGUUGUGAUAGCACAGGAGAAAUCAUACCACCUCUGGGUCAAACACCAGUGAAAUUGUAACCGAUUGGAGGUUGUUAAUAACUCUCAUCCAUCCAUUCGUGUAAACAGUAUGCUUCAAUUUGACUCUACUUACUUAUUAAAUAUAUAUAUUUUUUUUUGUGUAUUAUGUAUGACAUAGUUCAAGAAAUAAAAAUAUACACUAUUUGACGAUUGUUA